UCCCCUGCAGAUGGAGUGGUGCUGGUGGACCCCGAGUACCUCAAGGAGAGAAAAGUCUUCGUGACGCUGACCUGCGCCUUCCGCUACGGCCGUGAGGACCUGGACGUGCUGGGGUUGACCUUCCGCAAGGACCUCUUUGUGGCCAACGCCCAGGCCUUCCCCCCGGUCCCUGAGGAGAAGAAGCCCCUGACGCGGCUGCAGGAACGGCUCAUCAAGAAGCUGGGCGAGCAUGCCUACCCCUUCACCUUCAAGAUCCCUCCCAACCUGCCUUGCUCCGUCACCCUGCAGCCGGGUCCUGAGGACACGGGGAAGGCCUGUGGUGUGGACUACGAGGUCAAAGCUUUCUGUGCGGAGAACCUGGAGGAGAAAAUCCACAAGAGGAACUCGGUGCGUCUGGUGAUCCGUAAGGUCCAGUACGCCCCGGAGCGACCGGGUCCCCAACCCAUGGCAGAGACCACCCGGCAGUUCCUCAUGUCGGACAAACCACUGCACCUGGAGGCGUCCCUGGACAAGGAGAUCUACUACCACGGAGAACCCAUCAGCGUCAACGUCCACGUCACCAACAACACCAACAAGACGGUGAAGAAGAUCAAAAUCUCAGUGCGCCAGUACGCCGACAUCUGCCUCUUCAACACCGCCCAGUACAAGUGCCCGGUGGCCGUGGAGGACGCCGACGACAUGGUGGCCCCCAGCUCCACGUUCUGCAAAGUCUACACCUUGACCCCCUUCCUCGCCAACAACCGGGAGAAGCGGGGGCUGGCGCUGGAUGGAAAACUCAAGCAUGAGGACACCAACCUGGCCUCCAGCACCCUGUUAAGAGACGGAGCCAACAAGGAGAUCCUGGGCAUCAUCGUCUCCUACAAGGUGAAGGUGAAGCUGGUGGUGUCCCGAGGAGGGCUGCUGGGAGACCUCGCCUCCAGGUAA